UCCAAAUAGGAGAGAGAGAGACACGCACGAGGCUGUGCAGCAGCGGCCUAUCUUUAUAAGCAAUAGACCGCUGCAGGAACAAAGAGAUCUGAAGAGAGAGAACUGGAUGAGCUAGAGGGAAGUUAGGCAGUUAUUAGCUAGCUUCUGUCAAAGAGGAGAGAGAUGUUUAGGGGGCAGCAGCAGUCUGGAAGCCACGAGGAGCAGUUAACAAGCGAGAUCAGAAAUGAUGACCGUAUCCUGGAUGCCAAUUUGUUUAAGUCCUCACACAAAUCAAGUUCAAGAAAAGAGGCAAGCUCCCCUUGCCUAAGGGAAAAGUCCGAAAUGGACGAAGCAUCAAAUCAAACCUCAACUAAUUUGAAGGCUCAUAACAAGGUCGACAAAGAUAACCUUGCAUCCACAAGGGCAGAGAUGGGUGAGGUAAGAGAAGAGAACAAGAGGCUAAAGACAAUGCUGUCACGCAUCGUAGAGGACUACCGGUCUCUCCAAUUACAGUUCCACGACGUUCUUCAAAAAGGAGAACCCAUGGAGAAGAAGCUUGCUGACCACCGGCCCUCGACCAUCACGCCACCCACCGGCAUCGAGGAGUCCGAAUUCGUCUCGCUGAGCCUCGGCACGGGCACAGGCACGCACAAGAAGGAAGAGAAGAGCGUCAUCAUCAGUGCUGCCGAAGGAAAAUGGAGGGAAGACUACUUGAUGAUGGGUGUUAAAGAAGAAGAAGGCCUGUCACUCGGACUGUCAUCAUCAGCCCGCAAAGAUGACGAUGGCGCGGCUAAUAACACUGGAAAGGUCCAGCCCGAUGUGACGACCUUGAGCCCUGAAGCUAGCUCCGAGGACGCCAAGGACGACGACACCACGGAGGCAGCAGACCGGCAAUGGCUGCCAAGCAACACGCAGAAGAAGUCGAGGAACGUCGGCGCCACGGAACCUGAGGAUGACGACGACGUAGGCCCACUGCUGCCACAGACCAAGAAGACAAGGGUGUCCGUAAGGGCAAGGUGUGAUGCACCAACGAUGAACGACGGAUGCCAAUGGAGAAAGUACGGGCAGAAGGUAGCCAAGGGGAACCCGUGCCCCCGCGCCUACUACCGGUGUACAGUGGCAGCAGGAUGCCCCGUCAGAAAACAGGUGCAGAGGUGCGCGGACGACACGUCGAUCCUGAUCACCACGUACGAGGGCACGCACAACCACCUGCUGUCCGCCUCCGCCACCGCGAUGGCCUCCACCACCUCCGCCGCAGCGUCCAUGCUCACCUCGGGCUCCUCCUCCACCUCCCUCGGCUUCUUCCCCGCCGCCUCGCCGGCGGCGGCGCACGACGCCUCCAGACACUUCUUCCUCCCGACCGGCGGCGCCGCGUCCGUCACCUCCACGCCGUCCUACCCGACCAUCACGCUCGACCUCACCUCGCCGGCGGCGGCCACCUCGCAGGCGUUCUCUCUGAGCAACAGCAGGUUCUCGUCGGGCUUCGGUGGUCCCGGCGGCGCUAGGUACCAUCAUCGUCCCACGAGCUUCUCCUUCUCCAACUCCGGGCCCAGCGCGCUGUCCGCCGCUGCAUGGCCGGCGGCGACCGGUGGUGCUGGGUACCUGAGCUACGGGUCACCAGCUGCUGCGUCCUUGUUCAACGGUGGCGGUGGCGCUGCACUGAUGAGCAGCACCAACGGGAGGCAAGGGCGACAAGGCGGGGAAGUCCCCGCGCUCUACCAGCCGCAGCAGAAGGCGGCAGCGGCGAGCGAGAGCGCACCGGCGGGCGUACUCACCGACACGAUAGCCAAGGUGAUCACGUCGGACCCGGGCUUCCAGACGGUGCUGGCGGCCGCCAUCACGUCGUACGUCGGCACGCAGGGCGGUAACAAAUCGUCGCCGUCGGCGGGAGGAGAAGAGGGCGGGAGCCAGCUGCAGCUGGGGCUCAAGUGGGGGCAGCACCUCGGCCUGGGCCCGUCGCCGUCGAGCGCCGGCGCGGCGUGCUCCUCAUCGGCGCUGCUGGCACGGUCAUCGUCGACGACCGCAGCAGCGGAGCAGGGUUCCAGUGGGCAUCGGUCGUCGUUCCUGCAGCCGUCGCUGGGCUUGGCAGGCUCUCACAGCGCCUCCGCCUCUCCUGUGGAAAACCGGGAGCACUGAUCGCAUCGGCCCAAGAUUCUGAAUGUACUGUAUUUAGGUCACUUCAUUCAAAUGUUUCUCUUCCUUAAAAAAAUGGUUAUUUCAGCAGUAUUCGGUGUAUAUAACUAUAUAUACUGAGGAUAAGUGUGUCACUUUAGAGGAUAGAUAUUCUGACUCACUGUAGAGUAGAAAAAUGUUCUGAUUGACUGACACAACACACAUGUAAAACAAAGGAUUGAAUUUAUAUUCGUCCAGUAUUGAAUUACAAAAUGCGAGCUGAUUGUGAUAUAUCAAGCACAGUAUUGAAUUACAAUCAAAUA